UUUUACCUCACUACAAUCUCAGAGCACAUCCAGUUCACUCUUUUAUAUGGCUUUGUCUUCUCCGAAAUAUUAUCCUUCUGUUCAUAAUACGUAAAGAAAAAAAAGCAUUUCAGUCCUUCCACAAGUAUUUUGCCCCUAAACCCUAGAGUCUUCGAACAUGGCACGUCAUCACCGAAAAAGUCCAUCACGAAUCUGUCAUUUUGUUACCUGUUUUCUGCUAUUACCAAUUAUUAUCAUUCUACUGGGCGUUUCGCUUGCCACGGACAAUUGGCUUUUAACUACGGUCGACCGAGAUACGUUUUCCCUUGACCAACUUAAAUUAACAUCGGAUGCGGAAAAUUACGACCACAGCCGUAUUGCAUAUAACCGUACAAUCGGUAUAUUUCGGGAAUGCUACAUUGGAAAGUUUCCAGCUUUUUUAGAAUCCAAAAGCGGAAGCUGCCACUCGGUAAACUACACGGUUGCAGAGGACAAACAGGAUAAACAAUUGACUUUAGAACUCUGGCAGCAUUUACAACUGAAGAGAACCCAACUCGCUUGCAUGAUCCUGGCGCUGUUUUUCUGCUCAGUGGUUUUCAUCUUUGGUGUCUGUGUAUGGAAAUACGAACAUCACUGUAUCGGAAUCUUUGCUUGCAUAUUCAUUGUGUUCACCGCUUUUAUGAUAUGUCUCGCAAUGACUGCAUUCCAUGCAAUGGAAUUUAUUGAAACCAACACCGUCAAAGAAGCAGGAGGCAUGUACUACCAGAAAAACUGGCCACUAUACAUAAAACAUGCUUCAACCCGUUCGUACGGAGUCUGCUACGCCAUGACCUGGACAGCUAUGGCCCUUUGUCUCAUCCCGGCUUUCCUGUUUGGUCUAGUAUCGUUCCAGUUCAAAGCUGAACACUACAACAGACUAAGAGAUAAUUAUGAUUAUCACCAAACAUCAGACAUUUCCACAAUAAUGAAAUCGAGUACAAAUUAUUCCCCAGUCACGUUCGGUCAGAACAACAACUACAGCGACAAUAUUAUUAUAUAUGAAGGCAGCAAUACCUUCCAGGAACUAGAAGGAAAAUACGUAAAAUCAUAAAAAA